GUCAAAUAGUACUACUCUCAUACUUUUAAAAAUUGAUUCAUCAAGAAACUGUUGACGGUACAUGCUUAUCGUGUUAUUAUAAACAAAAUGUUGUCUCGCGUAUCGUUCAUACUUUGUGUUUUAAAUUAUAUUUGUUUGAGUGUUUAUGGUAACAAAGCUUUUUCAAAUGAAUUAGAGUAUACUGAUCUAGCGCCUCCAUACUUUUAUAAUGACUUAAAAUCUAUUUUGAAGUUCUUCGAAGAUCCCCAAUACAGAUUUACGCCAGGCGUACGUGAACUUUUGAAUAUAUAUCACGAACAAAAAGUUAAGACUGAUGGACUUAAUAUAACUGGUCAAGGUAAAAGGCAUCCCUUGUUCGUGAUAGAAGGUCUGGCUGGAUCAGGCAAAACAACAAUAGGCCAACUUUUAGCAUCCAAACUGAAUGGAGUCCAAGUUCAUUCACCUUCAAACAGUAUUUACUCCUUAAAACCGUUAUUUCAAGGUGAUCACUUUAAAGAAUCUGCAUUUAACGCUAUGAGUCACUACAUCACAGCGCUUGAGGUAAAAGUUUUUCUAAAAUCAUCACCAGUUGUCAUGGACAGGUUCUGGCAUUCAUCUGCAUCGUAUUGGAUAUCGUAUGCCGUACAAACCAAACCCAACCAAUACAAGAUUCCUCCCAAAGGUAAUAGAAUUUAUACGUGGCCCGAAGACUUGCUUAAGCCCGAUCAAGUAUUUUUGUUAGAUGUCGAUGAAACUAUAAGAAUGAAAAGGAUAUUUGGUAGAAGUGAAAUAAAGAAUAUUACUGACGCUGAAGUUGUAUUACACAAUCUUACAGAUUUUAGAAAUAACAUAUUAUUAGCAUACAAAAAUAUGCAAAACCCAGGAGUUAUUAUAAUAAACUCUAACGUUUCAAUUCCAGAAGUUAUAGACGACGUUUACUCCAGAGUAAAAAAAUACAUAAAACUUUAGGUUCUCUACAGUUCUAUUUAAAGACUAAAAAAAUUUAUUUAUUUAUAACUGUGUUUAUUAUUUUUUAAUAAAAUAUAACAAUAA